GAAAUUGGGCUGGAGGAGGGGCCGCGAAGAGGGAGGAGGAGGAAGCGGCUAGGGCCAGGCGGCGGCGGCGGCAGUAGCGGUAGUAGGUUGUGCGACGACAGCUGCUCUUCCCGGGGUGGACCAUGGACAGCCAGGGCAGGAAGGUGGUGGUGUGCGACAACGGCACCGGGUUUGUGAAGUGUGGCUAUGCAGGCUCUAACUUUCCAGAACACAUCUUCCCAGCUUUGGUUGGCAGACCUAUUAUCAGAUCAACCACCAAAGUGGGAAAUAUUGAAAUCAAGGUAAUAUUUUAUUUAUUAGUCUUUGACAAGACUUCAGUGAAUUGUUGGGAGUUGUCAGUUCUGGCUUUGUAUACUCAUGUAGGUUUAUUGACUGGUGUCGUGGUGGACUCGGGAGAUGGCGUGACUCACAUCUGCCCCGUGUAUGAAGGCUUUUCUCUUCCACAUCUCACCAGGAGACUGGACAUUGCAGGCAGGGAUAUCACCAGGUAUCUCAUCAAGCUGCUUUUGUUGCGAGGAUACGCCUUCAACCACUCUGCAGAUUUUGAAACAGUUCGCAUGAUUAAGGAGAAGCUGUGCUAUGUGGGAUAUAAUAUUGAACAAGAGCAGAAACUGGCCCUAGAAACCACAGUGUUAGUUGAAUCUUACACACUCCCAGAUGGACGAGUUAUUAAAGUUGGGGGAGAGCGAUUUGAAGCGCCAGAAGCUCUGUUUCAGCCUCACUUGAUCAAUGUUGAGGGUGUUGGUGUUGCUGAGUUGCUUUUUAACACAAUCCAGGCAGCUGAUAUUGAUACCAGAUCUGAAUUCUACAAGCACAUUGUGCUUUCUGGAGGAUCCACUAUGUAUCCUGGCCUGCCAUCACGGUUGGAACGAGAACUUAAACAGCUUUAUCUAGAACGAGUUUUAAAGGGAGAUGUGGAAAAGCUUUCUAAAUUUAAGAUCCGCAUUGAAGACCCGCCUCGCAGAAAGCACAUGGUCUUCCUGGGCGGUGCAGUUCUGGCAGAUAUCAUGAAAGACAAAGACAACUUUUGGAUGACCCGACAAGAGUAUCAAGAAAAAGGUGUCCGUGUGCUGGAGAAGCUUGGUGUGACUGUUCGAUAAACUGUGCAGCUCAUUCCGUCAGCACUAACACUUUCCUUUUUCCUUUAUUGGCAAUCUUUGAACUCAUUCAACUCCAGGACAUGGAAGAGGGGUCUCUGUGCCCUUUGACUGGAAAGGUCAAAUUUCAUUCUGGUGUCUUGGGGAAGCUUUGUUAACUUUUUGUUAGUGUGGGUAAAUCUGGCUGCUUAAUGCAACCUCCCCCCUGCAAACAAAACCAGAGGGCAAAGGGCCUCUGCUGCUUUGUUUCUUCUAAGUAUGCGUUUAGAUCACUGCUAUGGCUUCCUGUUUUCACUUUACUGCUCUAAUAUUGCUAGUUUUAGUCUUUAGCACAGUAGGUGGUAUGCCUGUAUUAGCAUAAGAAAACGUUAGCGCAGCUUUUACACUUCUCUGGGGUAGGUGGGCAGCCCUGGACCCGUAGGGCCGGCUGCAGCUCUAAGUUCAAGCUUCUCUUGUUAACAGCUUAAGGGGAUGUUGAGCUCAGAACUAAAGUGUGUUGGGUAGGUAAUUGUGUGAUGGGGGAAUGGGUAGUCUAUUGAUUAUGAUUUUUGAGGUUUUUCUGCAGGGCAGGGUUGUGCAAAACUUGAGCUUUAUUUACAGUACUUUGAUUUGACAGGUCUUCUUUUGGCCUGC